AUGGCUGAGCCGACACUGGGCCGCCACCUCGCCCGCCGCCUCGUCCAAAUCGGCAUCACCGACGUCUUCUCCGUCCCCGGCGACUUCAACCUCACCCUCCUCGACCACCUCAUCGCCGACCCAAACCUCAACCUGAUUGGCUGCUGCAACGAGCUCAACGCCGGCUACGCCGCCGACGGUUACGCCCGGUCCCGCGGCGUCUCCGCCUGCGUCGUCACGUUCACCGUCGGCGGGCUCAGCGUCAUCAACGCCAUCGCCGGUGCCUACUCCCGCAACCUCCCAGUAAUCUGCAUCGUCGGCGGGCCCAAUUCCAACGACUACGGGACCAAUCGCAUCCUCCACCACACCAUCGGACUCCCCGACUUCACCCAGGAGCUCCGCUGCUUCACGGCCGUCACCGCCUUCCAGGCGGUGGUCAACAACCUGGACGACGCCCACGAGCUGAUCGACAGGGCGAUCUCCACCGCGUUGAAGGAGAGCAAGCCGGUUUACAUCAGCGUCGGAUGCAACCUCCCUGCGAUUCCUCACGCCAGCUUCGUCGGCGACGAGCCCGUCCCGUUCUCGCUCGUCCCCAAAACCAGCAAUCGGAUGGGGCUCGAGGCCGCCUUGGAAGCCGCGGCCGAGCUCCUGAACUCCGCAGCGAAACCCGUCCUGAUCGCUGGCCCGAAACUCAGGGUCGCUGAUGCACGCCAGGUGUUUGUCGAAUUGUCUGACUCGUGUGGCUACGCAGUUGGGGUAAUCCCAUCGGGCAAAGGUUUGGUCCCCGAGGACCAUCCGCAUUUCGUCCCUACUGGGAGCGAAAUCGUCCAGUCCGCCGCUGACGGUUACCUCUUCGUCGGAGUCCCUGUUUACAACGACUUGCUGGUCGCCAAGAGGGAGAAGUCCGUCGUUGUCCAGCCAGGGAGAGUCGCCAUCGGCAACGGAGCAGCAUUUGGGUGCGUCGUGAUGAAGGAGUUCCUCAAAGCUCUUUCGGAGAAACUCACACCCAAUUCCGCCGCUCACGAAGACUACCUCACCAGCAGCAAUAACCCCAUCGAGGAAGAAGAAGAAGGAGCAGAGCAGCCUCAAGACCAUGUGAAGGCGAGUGUCCUGUUCAAGCACGUGGAGAAGAUGAUGAUGUCGAGCGAAAGCGCUGUAAUUGCAGAGACAGGGGAAUGGUGGGUUAGGUCACAGAAGCUGAAACUGCCCAAUGGGUGUGGGUACGAGUACGGAUCUUCGAUGGGUUGGUCGUUUGGGGCGAGCCUAGGGUACGCUCAGGCGGCGGCGCCGGCGGGGAAACGGGUGAUCUGCUGCGUUGCUGACCGGAGCUUUCAGGUGACAUUUCAAGACGUUUCGACGAUGAUGAGAUGGGGCCAUAAGAGCGUGUUCUUCCUGGUGAGAAUGGACGACGGCAAGGGUUGUAAGAGGUGGGACUAUGCAGGGGUGGUUGACGCCAUACAUAAUGGGGAAGGAGAGUGCUGGACGGCGAAGGUGAGGUGUGAAGAGGAGCUGGUUGGAGCGAUUGAGACUGUCAUGGGGGAGAAGAAGGAUUGCUUGUGUUUCGUGGAGGUUGUUGUUGGUUAG